AUGCCAAGAACUCAAUCUCCUAUUGUGCUCUCACAGCAGAAGAAGGUUCACUUAGACAAGGCAGAGGUCUUGGUCCUCAGGGACCACCUAGAGGACUGGAGGUCAGAAGCCUCACUCCAAGCUCCUACCAAGGACCGAGCCAUAUUGAAAGCUCGGAAAAAGAUUUACAAGCAAUGGUUGCAAAACCAAUCUCGGCGAAAAAAAGAUCCCAAGCCACUCAUCAAGUAUGGCAGACAUUGGACAGCCAGGAAAGUCCUAAUCCAGACUCAUAAACACCUAAUCCGAGAGGAGACAGGGGAAAUGGCUGGAAGUGAGGAGAUGAUCAGCAAGUGGCCAAGGGCGGCGAAGUCAGUAAUUGAUGGUUUGUUGGUGGAGGAGAGGGAGCAGGCAGCAGCUAUGGCGGAGAAAUGGAACCAUCAAGCGCCGCCGCUGGAAGUUCAAGCCAAGGUCGCCGAGAGCAAGGGCACUGAGAUGAUUGAGCAUUUUGCCACCAAAAUGUUCAAGCAAGCUGGAAUGAGAGUCUGUGUGUUGUCUGCAUGGAACAACAGCGAAGGGAAGCUGAUGUUAGGAGGUCAUGACUUCAAUGAACAGUUUGGGAAUGGCGAGAGCUUCAUCAAGAUCAGAGAUUGGGACAGCAUUUUUAUGUCGGAAUGGGGGGAAUAUGCAGGGGAGCAAUUCAAUGUGGAGGAUGGGGAGGAGCCACAAAUGGUAAAGUCAAAGAAGCAGCAGCCCUGGAAGCUGAUCAAACUUGAAGAGGAUGCCGAUGGCUGGCUGAUGCUCCUCGAUACAACAGGAUGA